AUGGCCGCAGGUGGUGGUGGUGGAGGCGAUGGAGCCCUCCCGGAUCUCAGUCGCUAUGUGGUGUCCCGGCCCGUGUACAAUGAGCCUACCUUUCAAGAGGAGAAUGAGAGGAAAUUGGUGGUGCCCAAAACACUCCGGGAACGAGUCCAGAAAACGUGCAGGUGACUGACCGGCUGCCAUACAUCACGGUUUGGUGGCGGGGGGCAGGUGACACCUAAAAACUGAAAGAAUCCUGGAUCGAAGGAGGGUGGGCCAUGGCAGGGGAGCAGGUACAUUUCACAGUGUGACUCGAGCAAUUUAACAUUUUGUCCUUGGCAGCUGUUCAAGAAGAAAAGCCAUUCAGGUAACCAAGACCUUAUUCCCUAUUUUGGAAUGGCUGCCUAAGUACAGAGUGAAGGAAUGGCUCAUCAGCGAUAUAAUUUCCGGUGUCAGUACUGGACUUGUGGCUACUUUACAAGGUAAGAGAGAUCCAGUCUUUCUCCUACUAUUAUUACGGGGUGAGGGGGGUGGGGAUUAGAAUGUGAUGAAGUUGCCUAAACUCUGUCUUGCAGUUGUGGGUCACCGCCCUGAUUUACUUAACCAUUUUUUAAAAGACUCGUCAGCAAUCUGGAAAAGUUCAGAGCUGCAACUUCAUUUGGAGCAAAAUAAGUUAGGAUCCAGCUGAAAAUCUGGCGAUCUUGCAAAUCGUGGGCUGCAAAACAUGAACAGCUCCUAUUUGUACGUGGAACUUUGUUUAAGAUGUGGAAUACAGACGUCAAUAAUACCUGUGUAGAAAGGUACUACUUGAUGUAGAUAUCAAAAGAGUCUAUUGUAAGAUUAGUCAAUACAAUACUUUAUUUUCUAUCAUUUCAGGCUUGGCAUAUGCACUACUGGUUGCAGUUCCUGUUGGAUAUGGUCUCUACUCUGCUUUUUUCCCCAUCCUGACAUACUUCUUCUUGGGAACAUCAAGACACAUCUCAGUUGGUAAUUAUAUAUUUCUCAUGUUACUAUCGGACAACUAUUAAUUACAGAAUGUCAAACUUAUUCAAAGGUAUUGGAAUAUCUCAGACAGUAGUUUUAGUGGAACCAGUUUACUAAUAUACUUUUAUGGUGGCAUCUUCUUAUUGUGUUUGAGUAGACUUUUAUACUUAUCGAUAUUUUUCCACAAAGUGUAGAAUUGUAGAAUUGCAAGGGACCACAAGGGUCAUCUAGUCCAACCCCCAAAAUGCAGAAAUAUUUUUGCCCAAUAUGGGGCUCGAACCUACAAACCUGAGAUUGAGAGUCUCGUGCGCUACCAACUGAGCUAUCUUUCUGCCAUGACUACUGGAAAUUGCUUUGAUGCCUACAUUAUAUGUAUGUAAUCUCUUAUUUUGUUAGUACUGUUCCUUAGCAGAGCUAUUUACAAGACAUCAGGUUCAAUGCCAGUUUUGAUUCACUUAGGCUCACGCAGGUCCAAAUGUAAUAGUUAAGCACUUUAAACUCAGCAUGAUGACUUCAACGUAUUAACUGCUAAUUCUAUAUGACAGACAGCUGUGACAAUAAUGCAGAAAAUACACACACUCAAGGACUCUAGUUUAUGAUGUGUAUGACAAUCUGGAUCUUAAAUCAUUUUUUUCUGUGGUAGCUUUGGGUGAUAGACAAUGUUAGCCAUUCUCCGAGUAAUAAUAAUAAUAAUAAUAAUAAUUUAUUAUUUGUACUCCGCCCAUCUGGCUGGGUUUCCCCAGCCACUCUGGGCGGCUUCCAACAAAGAUUAGAAAUACAUUAAAAUGUCACACAUUAAAAACUUCCCUGAACAGGACUGCCUUCAGAUGUCUUCCGAAUGUCAGGUAGUUGUUUAUCUCUUUGACAUCUGAUGGGAGGGCGUUCAACAGGGUGGGUGCCACUAUCGAGAAGGCCCUCUGCCUGGUUCCCUGUAGCUUUGCUUCUCGCAAUGAGGGAACCGCUGGAAGGCCCUCGGCGCUGAAUCUCAGCGUCCGGGCAGAACGAUGCGGGUGGAGACGCUCCUUCAGGUAUACUGAGUAGACCCAUUGAAAUCAAUUGACAACUCGAGUCCAUUAAUUUCAAGGGGUCUGCACUGUGUAUGGCUAACACUGAGCAGCACCCUGAUUGUUUAAACUGACAAAACAUCAUCAUCAUCAUCAUUUAUUAUUUAUACCCUGCCCAUCUGGCUGGGUUUCCCCAGCCACUCUGGGCCGCUCCCAUACACAUACAGCAUUAAACAUUAAAACAUUAAACAUUAAAAACUUCCCUAAACAGGGCUGCCUUCAGAUGUCUUUUAAAAGUAGGAUAGUUGCUUAUUUCCUUGGCAUCUGAUGGGAGGGCAUUCCACAGGGCAGGCGCCACUACUGAGAAGGCCCUCUGCCUGGUUCCCUGUAACUUCGCUUCGCGUGAGAAAACCACCAGAAGGCCCUCAGCUCUGGAUCUCAUGAAACAGUGGUUUUAUUAUUGCUUUGGAUGUUUAGUAUAAUUUAGUGCUUCUACAUUUUAAGCUAAUUUUUUUUUUUUUAUUGUUAGCCGUUUGAAGCACGCUGUUAAGAAAUGCUGUGUAAAAUAUAUAAAAUUAUUCCCAACAGGACCUUUCCCAGUGGUCAGUUUGAUGGUGGGCUCAGUAGUACUGAGCAUGGCGCCUGACGAAAAAUUCCACAUGGUCAGCAGCAACAUGACAGGGCUGAACCAAACAGUUAUAGAUAUCGCAUCAAGAGAUGCCGAGAGAGUGAUUAUUGCCAGCACCAUCACUUUUUUGGUUGGCAUUCUCCAGGUAAAGCGGAUUGGAUAAAACUGUCUCAAAUGUUGCUGCUUUUAUACUUUAUGAAAGAACUGAUGAAUAGAAGAAAGAGCUUCAUGCUAAACACUCACUAUUUUCCUCAACUAGAGCCAAAAUGUACUCAAAUAAUAAAGUAGAAUGCAAGUUUGCUUGCCUCACAUUUAUUGUUCUGCACAGUUUGGGAAUGCCAAGCAUUUGUAUCCUUUUAUGUCAUGGGAUUCGCAUGUGGCGCUGUGGGUUAAACCACAGAGCCUAGGACUUGCCAGUCAGAAGGUCGGCGGUUCGAAUCCCCGCGACGGGGUGAGCUCCCGUUGCUCGGUCCCUGCUCCUGCCAACCUAGCAGUUCGAAAGCACAUCAAAGUGCAAGUAGAUAAAUAGGUACCACUCUGGCGGGAAGGUAAACGGUGUUUCCGUGCGCUGCUCUGGUUCACCAGAAGCGGCUUAGUCAUGCUGGCCACAUGACUCGGAAGCUGUACGCUGGCUCCCUCGGCCAAUAAAGCGAGAUGAGUGCCGCAACCCCAGAGUCGGCCACGACUGGACCUAAUGGUCAGAGGUUCCUUUACGUUUACCUAUGUCAUGGGAUUAAAGCCUUGCAUUUUGUAUCUUGUCUCCUGCAGCCAGAAAAAAAUGGCUUUUUAGUCUUCUUGCAUUUCAUUUUAAAGGUGGGAAAGCCAGACCAUUAAACGAGAAAAGAACUAUUGAAAAUCUAUUUAAAAACAACAAGCAAGGCCUUCCUGUAAAUCCAUACAGCUGGUCAUCCUGGUACUUACUCUUAAGUCCUACACAAGUUGAGACCAGGAUACGUGGAGGAAUCUUUUCACCAGCUUGCCCAUGUACUGAGAUGAUAAUUGGAGGCUCUCCUCUGGGUGACCCAAUGGGCAGAGGUGCGGUGGGUUAAAACUGGGAGCAGGGACUUCUCAGUUGUGGCACCCCAUUUUGGGGAGUCUUUCUGCCUGGCACCCACUUGAUUGUCUUUGGUGCCACAUGAAAACCUUGAUAUUUUCCUAGACUUUCAAUUUUUAAAUGGUGAGAACAUUCCAUGCUGCUAGUUUUAUUUAAUGUUUUAAAUUUUUUGGCUAUUUAUUUAGUGCUCAUUCUUACUGGUUUUAUACAACAGAAUACAAAUAAAUAAAUAAAUUGCAUAAACUGGAGCUAAGAGAUUAAAACAGACAAAAGAAGAGUCUUGAUCACUCUAUGUUAGGUGGCUAAAUCCUGAAUUUUGUUAAAAUCGUGGGCUAUUCUAAUGCUUUCUAACUGUUCAUAAAACUAUUCCGUGCUUCUUCUUUUUCCAGCUAGUGUUCGGAUUUCUUCAGAUUGGUUUUAUCGUGAGAUAUCUUGCUGAUCCACUGGUCGGGGGUUUUACAACUGCUGCAGCCUUUCAAGUGUUCGUUUCACAGCUGAAGAUAGUCUUAAACGUCCCAACCCAAAACUACAAUGGGGUCCUUUCCAUAAUCUAUGUAAGUGUGUCUUGCUGAGCUGGGGGUUGCGCUUGGCCUGAUGGAACGGCUGCUAUAGAUGACAGUUGAGGGAGGAGACUGUUGGAGCUAGUGUUUCAGCCAAGUGGAUGUUAAUUUAGCUAUUAGAUCACUGUAUGCAUUUAUAUACAAGUGGAGCCGGCAACAAAAUGCUCCAGCGUGGAGUUCUACAGCCAGCCAUAUCUUCUUUCAGGGUGCUCCACUACAUUCCCCCUCCCUCCCGUUUUCUAUGCCUCCUGCAACAGUUAGCCAUCAUUCUGUGACCAGUGAGCCUACUCAUUCCUCCUUGGCUGUUUUGGGUUUAGUUUUGGUUUUGCUCCCUUGAGUUUUCCCUUGAAUAUUUUUUCUUCUACUUCAGACUUUAGGAUUUCCCAAACAUGUUGCUAUGUUUUUGGCUACACAGCCAUUUGUUUUUUUUUGGACCUGAGUUUGCUGUUACCUGAUACAAGUGGGACUUGCAGCACAAUGUUGCAUUUUGGAGCGCUUGUCUUUGGGAUUCUGGUCAACCUGCCGUGCCCACUUUGUCCCCUGCCAGCUGAGCAUGCUCAAUCCUCAUUGAACAGUUUUAUGGGGUUCUCCAUCUUACAUUCCCCCAGUCCUAAUUUUCUUUUGUACUUCUGCAAGCCUUGGGCUUCCCCGCAAUACACUGGUACCUCGGGUUAAGUACUUAAUUCGUUCCGGAGGUCCAUACUUAACCUGAAACUGUUCUUAACCUGAAGCACCACUUUAGCUAAUGGGGCCUCCUGCUGCCGCCGGAGCCCGAUUUCUGUUCUCAUCCUGAAGCAAAGUUCUUAACCUGAAGCACUAUUCCUGGCUUAGUGGAGUGUGUAACCUGAAGCGUAUGUAACCUGAAGCGUAUGUAACCCGAGGUACCACUGUACUGUGAUACCACUUGCUUGUGCUUUGGUCUUACCCAUACACAAAGAAUGAGUUUGCUAUUCGUAUAUAAGGCAAUAAACACACUCAUACAAACACAAGAGAUUCACAGCACAAUCACAUACUUGUCUUCUAAGAAGUACGUCUAACUGAGUUCAAUGAGAGCCAGUGUGGUGUAGUGGUUAAGAGCAGUAGUCUCGUAAUCUGGGGAACCGGGUUCGCUUCCCCGCUCCUCCACAUGCAGCUGCUGGGUGACCUUGGGCCAGUCACACUUCUUUGAAGUCUCUCAGCAUCACUCACCUCACAGAGUGUUUGUUGUGGGGGAGGAAGGGAAAGGAGAAUGUUAGCCGCUUUGAGACUCCUUACAGGGAGUGAAAGGCGGGAUAUCAAAUCCAAACUCCUCUUCUUCUUCUUCUUCUUCAAUGAGUCUUACUCCCAGGUAUAGGGUUGCAGCCUUGGCUCUUUAGUAUUUGCAGCUGUAGAUAUUAGUAGCUGACAGAUAUUAGUUUCUGCGCUUUCCUGAACCUGUAAUCGUUAUUGUGUCUUGGGUCUCAUCUGCACAGUCAUGGCUUUCCCUUAAAAAAAUAUUGGUGGCCCUAGUUUGUUCAGGAUACCGAGAACUGUUAGGCGAUCCCUGUUUCUCUUACAGAGAUCACAGAGUGUUUUGACAACCAAUCACUCUUUCCAGUAAAGUCAUAACUGGUAAUAUACAGCUUUAAGUGAAUAGUGCAGAUGGGACCUUAGAUGAGAAUGUGGUUUAUUCAAACUGAAUGGUAGCAUUUCACAUUGUCUUUUUUUAUUUUUAGACCCUUAUUGAUAUAUUUAAAAAUAUUGGACAAACCAACAUUGCCGAUCUCAUUGCUGGCCUGCUGACCAUCGUUAUUUGUAUGGUAGUCAAGGAAAUAAACGAUCGAUUCAGACACAAGAUCCCUGUUCCUAUUCCUAUAGAAGUGAUUGUGGUAAGCCAACUACUUCAAGCUCAAGGGAUUCGAUUGACAGGAGAACAAUAUCUGUUUUCUCUGUUCGUAGUGUCGCAAUCCACCCCAAUCUCCAAGCGGUGUGAGAUUCCAAGGGUCCCAAGUGCUUACCCAGGGUUUGCGUUUACUUCGGGAAUGAGGCACAGUGGAGACUGCGGUGUCUUUAUGAUAUAUGGUUUAUUUGCACAUUAACACCCCAAAAGGGUCUUGGUUCUCCCAUAGCUGCAGCCUUGGAUUCAAAGAGAAAUCAGACAUUGUUCUCAAAUGUUUCUCUGACCCUCUCUCCAGUUCACGGAGGGGCCCCCACCCAUUUGCCAUCUCGCACCAAGCACCGUAAUCCCCUUAAUCUACUGUAAUGGCUCAUCACCCAGGCUAUCGCCUUGUCAGGAAGCUAGCUAGGCUAUUCCAAGAAUUAGAAGCCUUGAUUAACACUUGCUGGAUCCUGGGAUGAAAGGGGUCUGGCAGUCAGUGUAACACCCCGAACUCAUAACAACAACAUGAUGUUAUUUCUUUUUAUUCUAGACAAUAGUCGCCGCUGGCAUUUCAUAUGGUGUUGACCUGGAGAAAAAGUACAAUGCAGGCAUUGUUAAAUCUAUUCCUAGCGGGUGAGUGCAGAUUGUUCAUUCGGUGGGCAGCUACAUUUCAAGGACAUACUAAUGGCUCAGCUUUUAAUAGAAACUGUUUAGCCACUUCAUACAUAAUUUUUUAUCUACAUAGAAUCAUGGAAUUGUAGAGUUGGAAGGGACCCUGAGGAUCAUCUAGCCCAGGCAUUCCUAAACUUGGCCCUCCAGAUGUUUUGGGACUACAAUUCCCACCAUCCCUGACCACAGGUCCUGUUAGCUAGGGAUGAUGGGAGUUGUAGUCCCAAAACAUCUGGAGGGCCGAGCUGAGGGAUGCCUGAUCUAGCCCUUGCAGUGCAGGAACAUGCAGCUGUCCCACAGGGAUCAAACCUGCAACCUGGGCAUUAUUAGCACCACACCCAAACCAGCUGACACAGAUGUACUCAAAUGUAGGGGGGGGGGGAAACAGCUCAGUCAUGUAUCAAGUGAAAGUGGAGUCAAUUUGACUACAUCAUGUGCAUGUGCUAAACUCCAGCUGGUAGAAUUGCACAAUGAAUAUAUACAUAUGGUGAAACAAAACCAGGUCCAAUCUUCACAUCCCCUCCCCUGCUCUGUGUAUGGUUAAAUAUUAGAAGUAGCUGUAAGAGAAAACACAGAGGCUGGGGUGUUGGGGCGGGAAAAAGGAGCAGCUUGGCAAAUAAAUUGUUAAGGUUCACCCAAGGUGAAUCCAAGACAUGUUUGAUGUAUUUGGCUGGAUGGAGAGAAUAACAUUAUUAGAUAGUUGUGCUUGUUGGACUACACAGGUGCAUAUAAUUCAGGCAGUAGGGUAAACACAUGGAGGCAUGGCUGUGGGAUAGACAAGUGCCAUUACUGCAAGCACAUUUACUAUGAACAGUUGGUAAUGCAUUUUAUCCAAAGGACUUUCAUGUUACAAGUGGCUAUUGCCUUUUGGGGCUCUCCAACUAAAUGAAGAAUAUACAACGUAUUUUGCAACAAAUAAUUUUGCAAGUAAAUCUUGUCUGUUUACUGCAGGGAGAAGCACCAAUGGGUUACAUCCCCACCUCCCCAAAUUGUUUCAUUAUAGAGUCAAAAAAUGCCAUCAUAAUAAUAAUUAGUCAUAGUUGUCAUAGUUUUUGUAGAAAAAACACAAAUGCACACAAACAUAUAUUUUCCUCCUUUUAUAUAUAUAGGUUUUUGCCUCCCGAACCUCCAGCGGUCAGCAUGUUUGGAGACAUGAUAGCAUCUGCCUUUUCCAUUGCCAUUGUUGCUUAUGCAAUUGCUGUGUCCGUGGGCAAAGUCUAUGCAACCAAAUACGACUAUGCUAUUGAUGGAAAUCAGGUAUGUGAAACCAAAGCACUUUUUAUAAACUGUGAAGCGAAAGCUGAAUCUUAUUUAUGGAGAGGAGCACGCUUAUUUUUCAGCCAUUGUGGGGGUGAUUAUAGGUGAAGUUACUUAGUGGUUAUAUUAGGAAAAUAAGUAAUUCAAUUGUCAGAUUUAAAUGAGCAGUAGACUAUUUCCCAUAAGGCGUGCCAGAUUCUGCCUCACUUUGUGGGUGCCCGGCGUACACCUAUGACAUCACGUGCAUGGCAUGUGUGUGAUGUCAUGCGGCAGGAAGAGGCCCAAUGGGACCCACAGCAGCCUCUGAAAGGCCCAGUGGGACCCAUCACAGCUUCAGGAAGGUCCCAACAAAAUUUUGUGUAUGCCCAGGCACCCAGGACUCCCCCACAGAUGGCACCAGUGUUUCUCAUCAAGGGUGGAACUAGAUCUGAGAGCAACAUGGAAUUGGUACCAAUAACAGACCCAUGUUGAGCCCUUCCCCAACUCUGUAUUAUUUGUCCAAUCUUCUUUAGAAGUCAGCCAAGUCCGUGACCAUCUCUGCCUCCUGUGGGAGAGAUUUCCACAGGAGAACUAUUUGCUGCAUGAUGAAGUACAGUGGUGCCCCGCAAGACGAAUGCCUCGCAAGACGAAAAACUUGCUAGACGAAAGAGUUUUCCGUUUUUUGAGUCGUUCCGCAAGACGAAUUUCCCUAUGGGCUUGCUUCGCAAGACGAAACGUCUUGCGAGUUCUUGCGAGUUUGUUUCCUUUUUCUUAAAGCCGCUAAGCCGUUAAUAGCCGCUAAGCUGUUAAUAGCUGCUAAGCCGCUAAGCCGCUAAUAGCCGCUAAGCCGCUAAUAGCCAUGCUUAGCAAGACGAAAAAACCGCAAGACGAAGAGACUCGCGGAACGGAUUAAUUUCGUCUUGCGAGGCACCACUGUACAUUGUUUUCCCUGCCCCCAAAUCUUCCAACAUUCAGCUUUAUUCAAUAUCCAUGAAUUCUAGUGCCAUGAAGGAGGGAUAACCUUUUCUUCUAUCCACUUUUCCAUGCCAUGUAUAACUUCAUAAACUUCAGUCACGUCACCUCUUAGUCGUAUUUUCUCUAAACUAAAAACAAAACAAAACGCUGCAUCAUUUCCUCACGGGGAAUUGCUCCACCCAUUGAUCAUUUUGGUUGCCCUGUCAUUUUAUGCAAUUCACUUUCCCAUUAGCUGCUAGGAAGAAGUAUUUCUUUCUCCAUAUAUUUUUUUUAGAUAUUCUGCUUGAACCAGAUUUCUAAUGGAGCAUUUAUCUUUGCUGUCUUUUUUGAGUAGUAAGUAAGAAUGCAUAUCUGAGAUGGUAUGAAGGCUAUUUCUAUGGCAAUAUUCAAUAUAUUGUAUCUGGAACUAGGGCAAGUACAAAUUAAACAAUUGGAAUUGCCAAGCAUAUUUUUUUUUCUUAAGGCAAUUAGGGUUUUUUUUUUAAUUCUUCUUCCCAUUGUUUCUUCUUUAUAGCUGUGUCUUUACAUUUAUAUGUCUGCUUCCAGGAACAGCUAUGCAUAAGCCUACAGAGCUCUGCCAUUGGUCAAGUCCUAAAAAGGAACUUGUUCCAUAAUUCCACACUAUUUUAUUUUAUUAAAGAUUUUCUUGAUUUACAAAAGUGUGUGCAAUGUCUCUCUCUCGUAUCCCCCCCCAUAUAACAUUCUUACAAAUCAGUUUCAUUUGUUGAGACAUUAGGAAGAAAAGGGGGAAAGAGGUGGGGGGAGAUGGGAUGGGGUGGGAUGGCAAUGUUACUAUUUUACUUACUAUAUGUGGGGUUUGCUGUCAGCGUUGCUUGUGCAGGUUCUCUGUUGUUCACUUGUGUUCCUUUGGUGGUGAGAGAGGUUGGGGUUGGCCUAGGGUGUGGUUGUUCGUUUGUGGUUGGCUGUGGUGGUCUUUGUUUUCAUGUGUGAGUGGGGUGGGUGGGUGUUUUGGAUCAGGUUAGCCAUACUGAUUUGUAUGCUGUUGGAUAAUUCCACACUAUUAAGAAAAAUUACUGCACCUCGAAUGUACCAUAAAAGUUCAGCUACAACUUCAUUUGAUUCAGUUUUGAAAUUGGAUCUAGUCCUUCCCAAUUUACAGUUCAAAAUAAUAUUUAUGUGUAGGAGCACUGGCAGAGGAAGAGGAGUGCAGGGGGAGCGCACCGCCCCCACCUGUUCUCUGCCCCCGGUGCCGGAGCAUGGAGCUCUGCCACUGUGUAGGAGAAAGCUUUUUUUUUUAGGAAAAAAAUUGUAUUAACACCAAGAUCUUCUAACCUUCUAGGAAUUUAUUGCCUUUGGGAUCAGCAAUAUUUUUUCAGGGGCCUUCUCUUGCUUCGUUGCCACCACUGCUCUGUCCCGCACAGCAGUCCAAGAAAGCACUGGGGGGAAAACCCAGGUAAUUCCACUCGAUCAGAAUAAACUAUAAAGACAAUUCUAAUCCUUAUAUUGCUUAGCGCACAGUGAUUCUUCGAAAUCUCAUUGUUAACGAUUUUGUGGGUGGCGUUUUUGAAUGGAAAGCCAAAUCCCAUCUCUUGCGGGGGUGCAAUUAGUGCCAGCACUGUCCGUUAAGAGUUUGGGUGUAAUCUUCGAUACCUCCCCUUCUAUGGAGGCGCAGAUUACAGCUAUAACAAAGGCGGCAUUUUUUCAUCUCCGCCAAGCUAAGCAGUUGGCCCCUUAUCUCUCUCGCCCUGACCUAGCCACUGUGAUCCACGCGACGGUCACCUCCAGACUGGAUUAUUGUAACUCGCUCUACGUGGGGCUGCCCUUGAGACUGACCCAGAAACUCCAGCGGGUGCAGAAUGCCGCGGCGAGACUCCUUAUGGGGUCUUUGCUGCGAGAUCACAUUCAUCCGGUACUAUACCAGCUGCACUGGCUCCCGGUGGAGUACAGGAUCAGGUUUAAGGUGCUGGUUUUAACCUUUAAAGCCCUAUACUGCCUAGGACCCUUGUACCUACGGGACCGCCUCUCCUGGUAUGUCCCACAGAGGAACCUACGGUCUGCAAAUCAAAACAUCCUGAAGGUCCCAGGCCUCAGAGAGGUUAGGCUGGCCUCAACUAGAGCCAGGGCUUUCUCGGCUGCGGCUCCAAUCUGGUGGAACGCUCUGUCACAAGAGACUAGGGCCCUGCGGGACCUGACAUCUUUCCGCAAGGCCUGCAAGACAGAGUUGUUCCACCAGGCCUUUGGUCAGGGCCCAGCCUGACUCCCUCCUCUGGCAACCUGCACAGAAUUUUGCUUAACGGUUGCCAUUAAUUUGAUUUUUAUUAAUUUUUAUAAUGAAAUGUUUUUAGAAUGUUGGAUUAUUUGAUUGUUUGAUUAUUUGAUUGUUGUUAGCCGCCCUGAGCCUGGCUUCGGCUGGGGAGGGCGGGAUAUAAAUAAAAUUUAUUAUUAUUAUUAAACGUUUCAUUGAUUUCCUGGACACCAGCUUCCCUGACAUAAAACGAAGGGGGCACAUUAAGAGAAGACUAUAGCACCUGAAUGGUAUUACCUUAACUUGCAUGCAAUAGGAACUCCAUAGAUAAAUAAAUAAAUAAAUAAUAUCCCUGAGCCCAGAUUAAAUACAGUGAUGUUGGGGGUGGGGGCAGUCAUCUGAAUGCUUCAUUGAUCACUCAGGUAUUAAGUGAGUAUGUAGCUUAAGGGGGUUUCAAAUGAAAGUUUGCGGGGCCCGUCUCAAGUAGGAACCUGGGGUUUUUGGAGGACACUGGUGGCGCUGUGGGUUAAACCACAGAGCCUAGGACUUGCUGAUCAGAAGGUCGGCAGUUCAAAUCUCCGUGACGGGGUGAGCUCCCAUUGCUCAGUCCCUGCUCCUGCCCACCUAGCAGUUCAAAAGUACGUCAAAGUGCAAGUAGAUAAAUAGCUACCGCUCCGGUGGGAAGGUAAACGGCGUUUUCGUGCGCUGCUCUGGUUCGCCAGAAGUGGCUUAGUCAUGCUGGUCGCAUGACCUGGAAGCUGUACGCCGGCUCCCUCGGCCAACAAAGCGAGAUGAGCGCUGCAACCCCAAAGUCGGCCACGACUGGACCUAAUGGUCAGGGGUCCCUUUACCUUUACCUAAUCAGAUGACCGCAAGUUCACAUUCACAGUCAGUCAGUAGUACUUUAAAAAGAAAGCAGCUGCAGCUAGGAAGGACGUUAAAUGAAAGAAAGUUUAAAAGAUAAAAGAAAGCUUAAAAACAUCCACUUUUUUAAAAAAUUACCACUAUACCACUUAGGUAAAAACUUGCUUAUGGUAACUGAAUUGCUUUUGAACUUGUCCCUGUGCUCCCCCACCAAACAACAACAACCCACAAUCUAUAAUAAGAAUAAAUAGCCUACUAAAGCCUGUUAUACAAAAAAACAUACAUUAUAGAAACUCUAUUUCCUUAUUAUCUAAAACAUCUUUUUCAGAUUGCUGGAAUAAUCUCAGCUGGAAUCGUACUGAUUGCCAUUGUAGCCUUGGGGAAACUGCUUGAACCUUUGCAGAAGGUAUUUUAUUAUUGCACUUGUCAUCGCACCGUUUUUGGGUGCAUAAACUUAAGUAAUGUUUUAGUCCUCUUCCUGAUAAACAGAAAGCAUUCCCCUGCUAUCUUCCUGUUCCUGCUCACACACAAAGACUAACAUGCAAAUACACAUACUGCCCGUGUUUUCCUUGAACAAUACAGGUUAAUGUGUCUUUCUUUCUUUGCAGUCUGUAUUGGCAGCUGUGGUCAUUGCCAACUUGAAAGGGAUGUUCAUGCAAAUAUUUGAUGUACCCCGUUUGUGGAGGCAGAGCAAGGCAGAUGCUGUGAGUUCUUUAACGUGUGAACCAUCAACUCAUAUUUUGAAUUAAAUGCUUACCCUUUGCUUUUCAUUUUAAUUCACAAUAAAUAAAUAAUUGAGAAUCUCAGGUUAUUGGGGGGUGGGGGUGGGAAUAAUGUCCUGCAUAGAACAAAUGCACCAAUGUACAGUGCUGGAUUCCCUGGUUACUAUGUCAGGUUUCCAAAUCAUUGAGGGUUCAGGAGACAAACAGUUCCCUGUGGCUUCUUCUUCUGAUGUUUGUACAUAGACCUAGUUCUCACUGGUGUGGUACAGCAGUACUUGAGCUGCAUCCACCUCAGGAGGCAGCAGUGGGGCAUUCUGCCUCAGGUGUCAAAAUACCUUGGACCACCUGCAGUGUGUAGGCCCCAAUCCACUGAAGCAAAGGCCUCCCCUAUGAGAUUGCCAAGACAAUGGUAGGAUAAGCCAAGCACACAAUGCCAAUGGCUGUACACAUGCCAUGCAUUUAAAGCACUUCCUUCUCCUGCAAAGAAUGAUGGGAGGUGUAGUUCAUCUCUUGAAGAAGAAGAAGAAGAAGAAGAAGAAGAAGAAGAAGAGAAGAGUUUGGAUUUGAUAUCCUGCUUUAUCACUACCCGAAGGAGUCUCAAAGCGGCUAACAUUCUCCUUUCCCUUCCUCCCCCACAACAAACACUCUGUGAGGUGAGUGGGGCUGAGAGACUUCAAAGAAGUGUGACUGGCCCAAGGUCACCUAGCAGCUGCAUGUGGAGGAGCGGAGACGCGAACCUGGUUCCCCAGAUUACAAGUCCACCGCUCUUAACCACUACACCACACUGGCGUAGAGCUACAAUUCCCAGUUAUCCUUAACAAAAUACAGUUCACAGGAUUAUUUGGUGGGGGCAGUGCUGUCCUUUAAAUGUAUGGUGUGUAAACAGCUAAAGACAAAACCAGCGUUAGGGACAAGCAAUCGGUUUGAGUAAAACAAAAACAAAACUCAUCCAGUGUAGACAAGGUAAGUUUCAGGAUCAGGGAUCUAGAAACUGGUGUUGCUCCAGCAACUGGGAAGCUCAAUGUACAGGCUGAUAUAGCCUGGCCUCCCACUGCUGCUGGUGCUUAAGGGUGUUCUGAAAGCUGUUCCUCUUAGAGAGCACCCUUCUUCAUAAGAAGACCUUAGCUGCACAGUGACUUUUGACAGUGGCUUGAAUGCUUGGAUUUCUGUGCUCUAAAGGGUUGUGAGGGGUGGCUUGACCUCUCCCUCAGACCCCACCAGGGACAUUUUGGCGUAGGGCUGCCAUAUAUCUGGAAUUUCCUGGACAUAGCUGGGAUUCAUCUGCCCAAAACGGUGCCUGGGAGGAAUUUUCGAAAAACAACUAAAAUGUCCACGAAACCUCGGGUGUAUGGCAGUCUAUAUUGGAAGUGCUGAUUUUUUGGUGAUUUUCCUAAAAAAAUAGGAGGGAGAUUUUGCAAAAAAAAAUCUGACAAGGUGAGGGUGCAUUACCGGAUUGUCACUAUUUGAAAUAUGGCAACCCUACACUUGGGUUGGAAUCCAUCCUGAGGGUCUGUCAAGAAGAUCCUUUAGAGAAAGUUCCAGACAGAUUCCUUCAGGACUGGUGAUGGCAGACUCUGUUAGAUCCCUCAAGUAUUCAGUCAAUUGGAGGGCCAAUUUAUCCUCCAAUGAGUCAAUGUCUGGCUACAAGUCAAGUCUGGGCAUGGCACUGGGAGAUUCACAUGACUCCUUUGUAUAAAACAAAAUUCACUACACACAGAAAAACAACCAGUUAGUAAGAAGGCUAGAUUAGAAUCUGCUAACAUGGUUGAUUUCUGUAUGGAGGGAUAUAUUAUUAUUAUUAAUUAUAUGAAGAAGCAUGGUUUGCAUGUUCCCUCUGAAAUAACACUUCCUGCCAUGCCUGUGGGAUUUCCUCCCAUGUGAGAUUUCCUCCCCCAGCUGCUUCCUCACAUCUUCUCAUUUUUCUGCUCUACAAAAGUCUGCUUUUGGUGGUUGGCUGAAAUCACCCUGUCUACUAAUGGGAUAUGGUCUGACUUUUCUUGUGUUUUCUUUUCCAGAUGAUCUGGGUUUUCACAUGUAUAGCGUCCAUCAUUCUGGGACUAGAUUUGGGGUUACUUGCUGGUCUGGUGUUUGCACUGCUGACGGUUGUCCUGAGAGUUCAAUUGUAAGUAACUAUUAUAUAGGCAGGGGCAGUUUCUGCCAUUGCACUCCCAAGAAGACAAGUAAAUAAAUGAAUACAAAAGAAGAAGAAGAGUGACACAAGUUACUAUUGUUCUGCUAUUGCAAGCAAACAGUGUCACUAGUUUUAAAAUUGGAAAAUGAAAAUGAAAUACAAAUCACGCUGCACACAGCUGAAAUUACUUCCACAUAGCCCGUUACGAAUGAGAAAAUAGAAAAUGCAUAAAUAGAUAUGAUAAUUUGGAAUAGUGUAGACAGAACUAGGCCAACAGGCUGUAAAUAGUUUGAAUCAAAACCACAGUAAGCUCCUGAAAGAAAGCAUAGACAGUUCUGUUCUCUUCUGGUACUGCUGUUGACAUUUGGUCUUCUUUGAAGUGCUCCUAGAGGCUGCAAUGAUAAUCGUAGAGGAAAACGCUGAAGAAGAACUUUUACAUUCUAAAGAGAUGACCCACUGUGAUGCACAACAGAUUCGUUUUAGUACCAGAAAUCUUUGUAUCAGGGCAAGGCAGUGUGGCGGUGAGGUUGGGGCACCGCAGCUAUAUUGGCAAAGCCAGUUCAGAACUCCAGUGGUGUUGCACAGCUCUGUCCUUGCUGCCACCCUACCUCAUCCUGGUAGUUGGUGAUGCUGUUGAGAGGGCAGCAGACCUGCACUGUUCCAUUGCAUUGGCUGCUCUUGUUUAAGAAUUCCUGUUGUUGACAUAUUCUGCUUAUGACAGAGAGCAGGUAUCACCCCUCAUUGUUGACUCUGCUGCCUGGAAACUCGAGUUCAGCAACACCUGUUUGGACCACAAGUUCCCCAUCUCCAGUGUAAAUGAAUGAAGAUUAGGUGGAGUAUUUGGGGGAGUGAACUGAAUUUAAAUCAGUUCGUGCUUAGGCUAGCUCAAAGAAAGUUCAGGGGGUGUCAAAGGAAUGGAAGUCAACAAAUAGUUCAAUUGCUUUGACACACACUUUAGAAACUUGAAGUGGCUCUAUUGUUGUGGAGGAUGCCGGGGAAAGUAUUAUUCGAGAUAAAGACUGAGAAUUAUGGUAAAAUUAAUAGUUAAUUGUUAAAGGAUGCUGAACUUGGAUGUCUGAGUUGUCAGUGUGGAUCGUGUUGGAUCCCACCACGGAGCUCAGGAAGCCAUACUUCCUUCAUGGCAAAAAUUAUACUGUCCGGUUAAUUGAUAACUCAUUAUUAUGUAAAUACCAGUGGUUUAAUGUUCUCCUAAGGAGCACAGAAACAUGACACUACUUCUCAUUUUAGAAUUACAAGUUGUAUACUCUUCAGCCAGGCAGGUGGCUGUAAUGGAUGCUUUAAACUAGGCUUCUCAAUGUGGUGCUUCCAGGUACUGUUGGACUACAACUCCCAUCAUCCCAGACCAUUGGCUUGCACUGGUUUGGACUGGGCAGGUUGGAGUUCAAGCUGGAGGGUACCAGGUUGUGGGGAAUUGUUUUGAAGAAACUCUGAGCUGUGUAAAUAAAGCAAAGUAUUAGGGCACAGUUUAUGCAUUUUGCAGAAUCAAACUCACCUUUCUGUAUCUUUGGGAAGAUUUUUCUCAGUUUUUCUACUUUUAGAUGAUGGUGAGGAGUUUUGUUUUUUAAUACUUCUCUACUGCAACAAAUUGCAUUUUAAGUUGUUUCAAACUGUUUUAAUAUUGACUUUUAUUUGUUGCAACCUGACCUGGGAUCUUGGGGUGAAUAAUUUGUAAAAAUAAUAACAACAAAGAAAAUUUGUGUGUCUGUGAGAAGGGUAUAAAUCCUGUUUUUUUAUGGGUUAGCAUUCAAACACCUAUCCAAAGUGGAAGAAUCUAGGGAAAGUGUUACCACUUGAUUUCGCUGGAGGUGUAAACUGGGGCAAAAAAAAAAAAAGACUCAAGAAACAUGCUUGCUGCUCUACCUGUUUUGUGUAAACAAAUUGGAUCAUGGUCACAGAAGAUCAAUGCCCUGGUUGAGCUUUAAUUCUAAAGUGUUUCAUGAUCCUCCCUCAUAGCUGGCUGUAAAGUAAGACAACACAGUAGUCCACAAACAACAAGGAAGCCAGAAUAGUUGUCCUCAUAAAAUCAGGUUUAAGAACCAUUCCACUACUAAAAUAAGUAAGUCCUUGUCAAUUCACAUGUAAGGAGUUUUUUUAAAAAAUACUUUCCGUGUCUUGCUAUCUAGCUUACAGAUUAAGUAAGCUUAAUAUCAGUUCAGCCAAUGUUUACUUGCAACAAACUGUUCUGUAUAAUACAUUAAUUUAACAUUAGGUUAUGUACUUUGAUCAAUGUUUUGUUUUGUUUUUGUCAGUCCUUCCUGGGGUAGCCUUGGCAGCAUUCCUGGCACAGACCUAUAUAAGAACAUCAAAGAAUACAAAAAUGUAAGACUUUCUAACAAGUUAAUAUUUCAUCAGAUUACUUUUUUUUUAGAGUUGCUUGGAGGUUUACUAGUCUUUAUCCUGCAGUGAUAGGAUGGCAAUUGUUCAAGUAUUAUAGUGAGGAAGGGAAGUCUUGUUGGAUGGGGUAGGAAUGCAGUGAUCCAUCUAGCUAGCUAAAUGAAGGGCAUUGUUGCAAAAGAUGAAGUGGUAUUGCUUGCAUCAACUUUUUUUUGCACCAUGAUUUGUGAUUUGAGUGGAGAAACGUCUAGAUUCCCUGCAUAAAGAGUUGCGGGGUGUAGGGAUAUCGCGGAGUGGACAGUGAGGUCCGGAGGGAGCACACUCUCCACCAGCAGGCAGCCAUAGUCUGCCUGCACGUGUGACCCUGGGGUGCAGGAAUAACCCCCCCUCAGACAAGCCACAGCUGUCGGAACAUCGUCCCCUAUGUCUGACCUUUUGCGGUCUCAGCAGUCAGCGGUGUCCUGUCUGUAACCUUUGUCCCUGAGACCUUUUGUCUCCUUCGUCAUACACUGUGCAAGGGGAAAAUGACGCUGCGGAAACAGAUGCCAAAAUAACUUUGUACCACCCCACGAUCUCGGGACGGAAGAUGUGUAAAGGUCACAGCCCAAAAAUGUAUCUGCCUAGCUUGCACAUUUGUCUCAAUAAAAGGAGGCUCCACAGGACUGGCAGUAGCUCGCUUCAGCCCACCUGUGCGCAGCUCACAUGAUGAUCAACACCUGUCUUGGGCCUUCACUUCAGCGGGGGGUGCCCUCAUUCUUUAAAUAUUUAGAAUCCUUCUUCUGCAAUAAAGUACACUUUUUUGUACGAGCAACUGUGAUGGAAUGGCCAACCCAUCCCCUAAAUGGACCCAUCCCCCAAGUUUCUGGUAACCUUUCAGUGGAUAAAACUGCGCCUGAUGACUUUGCAACAGACCUUGGAGAGGAGAUCUGUGGUAUUCCAGGAGCCCAUGUAGACAGAGGUGAAAGCUAGGCUGUCAGGGAAGUAAUAAUGUUAGCAGAGUGGUUAAAAGGGAUCAAAAGGAGAAAGGAGUCAAUUUAGCAGCCCGGCACUAGCAGAGUGGCAGAAAAACCCACACAAAUCCGUGCUCAUUUCAACUGAAAAAUGGUUUCUGUAACAGGUUGUUGAACCAGAAGGAGUGAAGAUUCUCAAAUUUUCAAGUCCAAUCUUUUAUGCUAACAUUGAUGGCUUGAGAAGCAGCAUCAAAUCCACUGUGAGUAGCCUGUGAUAUUUCUGAACACUUCCUAUGUGCAGGAGCCACAAUCCAAGUAUGGAUGGAGGAGAAUUUCAUUUGGCCUGCAUCUUAAGCAAAAUGACCUAAUUCACACAUCUCAGACUAAUGUAGCAAUUAACACUUAAUUAUCCUUCAGACUUCACGCAUCUUUGAAUUUAUAUGAUAUAGUUCUCAGCUCAAAGAUGUACCAAAAUGCAUAUUUUAGAACAAAGUAAUACAUACAUAGAGAUAAAAUACAUUUUUCUGUGUAUAAGACGUCCCCAUGUAUAAGACAACCCUUAUUUUUGUUGAGCUUUUUUUUUUUUUGGUGCUUGCCCCAUGUAUAAGAUGACCCCUUGUAUUUAUUAUUUAUUGUUGGUUUUUUGUAUCUUUACCUUUGUGUAUGUAUGUAUGUAUGUAUGUACCGUAUUUUUCGCCCCAUAGGAUGCACUUUUCCCCCUCCAAAAAUGAAGGGGAAAUGUGUGUGCGUCCUAUGGGGCGAAUGCAGGCUUUCGCUGAAGCCUGGAGAGCGAGAGGCGUCGGUGCGCACCGACCCCUCUCACUCUCCAGGCUUCGCGCAGAUCUCCGCAAGCCGUGGGAGCCCGCGCUGGGCUCCCGCUGCUUGCGGAGAGUUGCCUGCAUGACGAAGGCUGGGCACGCUGAGCUCAGCGUGCCCAGACUUCGCGCACCUCUCCGCCAGGCGUGGGAGCCCAACGCUGGGCUCCUGCUUCUUGCGGAGAGUUGCUUGUUCUGGGGGCUGGGGAAGCUCGGACUUCCCCUGCCCCAGCCCCGCGCCUGGGGGGGGGAAAUAAUUUUUUUUCCCUUCCCCCCCCAAAAAAAAACUAGGUGCGCCUUACAGGAUGGUGCAUCCUAUAGGGCGAAAAAUACGGUAUAAGACAACCCCCCCCCAUUUUUUACUCAAAAAAUAUAAUUUCUUACUCAUUUUUUACUCAAAUACAUGGAAAAAUAUGGUGUGUAUUAUUUAAAUAUGAACUUCCAUGCAGAUUUCUUUUUAAAAAAAGAUCCACAGAUUAAUGUGGAAGUGGAACUGAAUUGACUUAUUUUGCAUGUAGUUAUUCAUCAUGCAAAACUGACACAGACCAGAAAUAGUGAUUUGUCCAUCUCUAAAAACAAGACAGGGCUGAAUCGCCAGGGACAGUCUAAAGAAACAGGAUGUGUUAAAUUUGCUGAAGCUAAGCAGGUCUGAUCUAGUCAGUGUCUCGAUUAUGCAUACUGCUUUGAAUUCCAUAAUGGAAGAAAGGUGGGAUAGCAAUGGAAUUUUUUUUAAAGACAAUGCACUUAAGCCCAUUGAUUUCAAUGGAUUGUGGCCAGUGUUUUCCCCCCCUCUCAGCUCACCAUUAACACAAAUAAUAGAAUACAUUUGUUCAAUUCUGCAGGUGGGAUUUGAUGCCAUGCGAGUAUAUAACAAGAGGCUAAAGGCUCUGAGGAAGAUACAGAAGCUAAUCAAGAAGGGAAAAUUGAAAGCAACCAAAGUAAAGUAUCAUUAUUCCCUCUUUACUCCAUGGUUCAAAGGGGUUUAACAUAAACAAUGGGCCUGAAAUAGAAGCACUGGUUUUGUAUCUGCCUCUCUAUUUUGUUUAUGCAGCAAGAAAUUACUAAUAUUUGUAACAGGAAACAGGAAAUCUAAAUGGGAGGUGAUGGAUCAGAAAUUUGAUCUUGCCUGGAAGAUGCUCUGUGACUAGCAUAAUCUAUGCUAGUGGUUUCUGUUGGUAUAAAAAUGGAGUGUUGUCUGAGAGAGACCGACUGUUACCAAAUACAUUUUCUGGACAACAUCUACUGUAUCUAUCACUAUGCUUUCCUUGGGCAGAAAAACAGGGAGUUCUGGCAGAAUGAACUGAGACAGAGGGACAGACAGACAGAGAGCAUUGCCACAGUGCUACAAGAGCUGGAGCAAGCAAGUCAGGCAACCAGGUUAAAUUAGAAGGUAACUAGGUCUAUGCAUGUCUGCUCCCAGAUAUGUGAGCAUAGGAUUACAGUGUUGGACACAUAUGUAGGUAGCCCGGAUCCUCAAGACCCAACUAACUGAGCUGUGGAUAGAGUUCAAGUAGAAGAGCAGGUCCCUUUUCUAACCUAGAGUUGUGUUGCCCUGGCAAGGGAGAGGAUCAGCAACCUAAACUUUACUGGCUGGUUCAAGAGUGGAAUCUGGUUAAUAAAUAAAAAUAAAUAAAUAAACCUUUAUUGUCACUACACCACCUGUGUACAGUGAAAUUAAACGAGCCCCCCCCCCCCAGUCUUGUUUGCCCUCUGUGUGCUUCUUGGAAGUCAAUUACAACACUAUUUUUUUCCAUUCAGCAGCCCAACAGCCCACGGAUAAAAACUGUUCUUUAAGCUGUUGGUGUGGCUGACUAUACAUAUGUAUCUCCUGCCCAAAGGCAGGAGAUUAAAGAGGUGCUGGCCAGGGUGUGAGUCAUCUCUAAGAAUUUCCCUUGCUCUCCUGAGGCAGCGGUCUCCCGCAAUGUCAUCUAGCGAACUCUGGAACCCAUGAUAUCAUGUGCUGUUUUCACCACCCUCUGUAGGGACUUCCUGUCCGUGGCUGUCAAACCAGCGUACCACACUGUAAUACAGUAUGAAAGGACACUUUCUAUUGUGGCCCAGUAGAAGGAGAUCAUUAAUUUUUGUUUGACGUUGUUCUUUCGCAAGACCCUGAGGAAAUGGAGUCUCUGUUGGGCCUUCCUAACCACCUGGGUUGUAUUGAUUUUCCAAGUGAGGUCUUCACUAAGGUAAACUCCCAGGAAUUUAAAGGAAACGACUCUCUCCACACAGCCCCCCCCCCCCCCGUUAUACAACGGGGCUAGUUCCCCUCUCUUCCUCUGAAAGUCCAAUACCAUCUCCUUUGUCUUGCUGAUAUUAAGGUGCAAGUUGUCCUCUAGGCACCAUGUGGAGACUUUUUGAACCUCCUCCCUAUAUGCUGAUUAAUCUCCACCUGUAAUUAGACCCAUUACUGUGGUAUUAUCUGCAAACUUAAUAAAUGUAGUGGAUGGAUCAGAUGAAAUACAGUCAUAUGUAUACAACGAGUACAGGUAGAGACUCAGCACACAUCCCUGUGGGGUGCCAGUGCUGAGCUUCAGAGAGGUGGAUAUGUCAGGCCCAAUCCUCACUAUCUGUGUGUGAUCCCUCAGAAAGUCUUUAAUCCAAUCACAUAUGAUAGGGGAAAGUCCAGGUCCAUCGGCUUUUUAAUAAGAAUGUCCAGAAGGAUGGUAUUAAAAGCCGAGCUAUAAUCAAUAAACAGCAUUCUGACAUAUUUCCCCGGUCUCUCCAGAUGACUUGCUGCAAAGUGAAAAGCUGUGGCUAUGGCAUCAACUGUUGACUUAUUUCUCCUAUAAGCGAACUGGUGUUCUUCAAAAUCCGGUGGAAAACAUGUCCUAAGGUGUUGAAGAACCAAUCUCUCAAAGCAUUUCAUCACUACAGAUGUUAAUGCAAUGGGUCUGUAGUCAUUUAGGCAGUUAAUUGCUGUUUUCUUUGGGACUGGGACAAUAGUGGCUGCUUUCAAACAUGGUGGUACACAAACAGUCUGCAGGGAGAGGUUAAAAAUCUUGUCAGGACCCCUGCUAAUUGAUCAGCGCAGUUUUUUACCACUAUCCCCAGCACCCCACCUGCGCCAGCAGCUUUACUGGGAUUCACUGCCUGCAAUGCAGCUUUCACUUGAUGGUCAUAUAGAAUAAAUGGCUGAGAGUUUAUAGGCUGGCAGUCAGGAGCCUUGAUACUUGAUCUUUCUACCUCAUAGCGGGCGAAGAAGAUGUUCAGCUCCUCUGCUAAUACAUCAUCAGCCGUAACCGUGUUCCUUGUAUCGCCCUUGUAGUUGGUUAGGUGCUGCAGUCCCUGCCACACUUGUUUUGUGUUGUUAUCGGCUAGGCAAUUCUCCACUUUAAGCUGAUAUUGUUGUUUUGCCAUCUUAAUGCCUUUCCUGAGCUUUGUUCUUGCCUCUCUGUAUAUGUUCAAUGGCAAUUCGUUAACUGAUGGAAUAGAUGCAGGAUUGUGCUCAUCUACCUGUGCACAUAGCAGAGUGGAGACUGGAAUACAGUGAAGGAUCUACGUUCCUGAGAAUUUCAACAUUUAUAUCUCCAUAGUUUUUUCUGGGCACAGAAUUUGAUGUUUGCUUGUUUGUGUAAACAACAGGUUGUUUCUGACUCUGUCAUGCUUAACGGAGGCUCACUGGAAUCAAUGAAUUUAAGUCAAUGAAAACUAACUUAUGUUGGAAACAGCCCAAUGAUUUGUUUUCCUUUUUUUCUGGCAUGCAGUAUAGCAAAUGUAAUUCUUUUAUGCAAUUGUGUGUAUGAUAUGUGCCUAUACGCAUAAACACAAUAUGACAGUUAAAUAAUUGUGGCUUCAAUAUUGAGUCCCAACAAAGCAAAUGCCCAUUCGGAUCAUAUAUAAAGAAAACUUGAAAGUCGUUUUAAAAUAUUUUAUUAGGGCGGGGGAAGUCUACAGUUUUGUUUGUUAAUCAGAAUUUUGCUGACUACACUAUGAAUUUUUUUUUUUAAUCAGAAUGGUAUCAUCAGCGAUUCUGGUAGGACUAAUGAAUCAUUUGAAUUUGAUGAGGACCCAGAAGAUCCUGAAGACCUUGAUGUUCCAACUAGAGAAGUAGAAAUCCAGGUGGACUGGAAUGCAGAACUCCCUGUCAAAGUCAAUGUCCCCAAAGUGUCUCUUCACAGUUUGAUUUUUGACUUUGGAGCUGUAUCUUUCAUGGAUGUAGUAGCAGUGAGAGUUAUGAAAACAGUAAGAAUAUUUUAUCACCUUAUUAAAAAAAAAGUUUUAAAGAACAAAAUAAUUUGAAUUUAUGGGAUUGCUAGAUCAUUCUGUGAUUCAUGUGCGAUAUGUGGGUUUUUCUGGCUGAAAUGGUUAGUGCUCUGUUGACCUGUGGUGAGAUGCGCUAAUAGCGCAGUUGCGCCUGAGUGCCUUUUCUGUUGUUGUGGAGUAGUUAGUUGCCUUAAUCCCUGCAUGGGAUGAAACAGAUAGUGGUGGUGAUGGUGUCAAAGAAAGCAAUCAUACAUUUUAUAAAAAUUGUAAAUAGCAGGUGUGUGGGGCCUGAACCCCAAUUUGUGACUAUGAGAAGGAGUGAGGGGCUUAAACUCUUUGUUCCCCACUGUAAACUUGAUCCACAGUAACUGUCUCCUUCCACCUGCAAUUUGCAAUGGAGGAAAAGCUCUCCUUUACAGUUGGGGUAUGGUCCCCACACCUGCUGUUUACUUUUUGAAAAACCAUCCAUACAGUUGUCAAUUAGGCACACAAUUGAACAAGUCCUAAUUGCCUGCAUGGCCCUAAUAGACACCACUGUGUAUUAAGGAGAGGCCUAUUUCAUUCUACACUAACUGUGGGCUGAAAUGUGGUGUCAAUCAGUUCUAGAAACAGGCUACUUACAGAAAAUGUCCUUGAGAAUACAUUUAAGAUAACUCCAACCUUUUUCUUUUCAGAUUGUCAAAGAAUUUGAAAGGAUUGAUGUGAGAGUGUACAUCGCAUCACAUUUAGGUAAACAGAUAUCAAUCCAUUUGCUAAUAAUGGACUGUGUUCAUUCAGAGUAGCAAACAAAGUGCAGAGGCUGCAUAGCAGAGUGCAUGCUUUGCAUGCACCAAGAUUGGCAUAGCAAUUCCUGGUAGAAAGGACUGGUUUAAACAGGACUCAUAUGGCAAGGCUGGGAAGGUUCUCUGCCUGACACCACUGAGUACUUCUGACAGUUGGAGUAAGUAGUGGACCAGUUGGACCAACAGAUUGACAUGGUAUAAGGCAGAUUCAGAUUCAUAUAAUAGGGAGGUGUGGGUUUCCUCAUGAUUCUGCAUACCAUAUUUUUCCAUCUAUAAGACGCCCCCAUGUAUAAUACGCCCUAUUUUUGCGGCAACAACCAACCGCCAGUCCACCCUCAGCACUAUCCCUAUAUAAGACGGCCCCUAAUUUUUGACAUUAUUUUUUAGGGAAAAAACCCUAGUCUUAUACACGGAAAAAUACGGAAAUUACUGAGUAUCUUGCAGACCUAGUUGGAGUGAACAGCAUUUUAAUGAUAAACCAAUAGAAGGGAAACAAAGAGACAGCCUCUACUAGGGACUGGUGCAAUGCUAGCUUGGAAAGGGAUAUUUUCGUUCCCAGAGCCAAAUUAGACAUGAAGUCAGGACAUCUGUGACUGGAUCUCCUGUUGUUUUGAAAAGAUUGCUAGCAGCCACCAGUUUGUGGGAAGAGGGAGAAUCCAACCAGGACCAUGGCAGUGAGAAAAUGACUCUUUCCCAUCUGAUGUUUUUCUGAUUGAAAUAAUCUUCAAGCUGCUAUUUCUCAAAGGGGACAAAUAGCAGAUACACUGACUGUCACACAAGGGGAUCUGCAGCCCCAUGCAGAUCUUGCACACGAUGUCUGCAGCCUAUCCUGACUGUUGGAAACGAAGCGGUAUCAGAGGCACAUACAUGCACCUUUGGUGGCAAUGCCUGAUACUAACUGAAUUGUGGAACUUAAUAACUAAUCUCAUUGGGGUAGUAAUCAUUAAGGAGAUAGACCCUGCAAUACAGAUUAGGGUUUUGAUCAUACAGUAAGCUCUCAACUUGCAUGGGAAUUAUGUUCCAGGGAUAGUGCCUAAAGCCAAAAUCACAUAUUGCAUAGUCAAAACACAUUAUGUGCAAUGGCAAGUGGGAUUGCCAAAGUUUUCCCCUAGGAGCCCACCCUUUUAAAAAAAUAUUUUUUUUAUUUCCAGUUGUGUAAAACUGAAUGUGCACAAGUUAAAUGCAUGUAAGUUGCGAGUGUACUGUAUAUGCUCAUUUUUCUAUGGAAAUAUUUGUAUAAGGGUCCUGUAAAGACCGACUUAUUUACUAAUCCGUAUGUAUUAUUAUAUGCUGUAGAAUAAUAUUUCUUUUUGGUCUUUGUGGCUUUUGUGUGAGUUUAAUAAAAUACAGUAAAAACAGCUUGAUGCAUAUAGGAUGAGGAGAGACUGAAAAUACUAUGAGAGCUAUUAUUUAUAAUUUUGACCGUACAGGGCUAUGUUUAUUUAUUUAUUGUUUGUUUGGUUAUUUAUUUAUUUAUUUUUGUGGGAGGAGGUUGGCUGUGAACUUAUAAUUUUGCUAAAAAGGAAAAGAAUUGAAUAGAUUGUGCACACAGUGAUGUUGGGGUAGAUCUGAGUAUGCGAUUUGCUUUUUAUUUGGUUGUUGUUGCUGUUUUCAACUCUUCAGAGCACAUUAUCAAAACACUGGACCACUGUGCAUUUUUUGAUGAUGCCAUUCAAAAGGACAUGUUUUUCCUGACUGUACAUGAUGCCGUACUCCACAUACAGAAUCAGAGCAUGCAGAGAGACAUCCAGGAUCCUAUAUUUGAAAAGGUAGGGAGCAAACAUAACUUUGUUUUCAUUAAUUUAUGUGUACUGGCUUGUAGCCUAACUUUUGUGAGUAGAGAGCUCCAUUCAUAGAACAAAGCUUUCUUGCCUCCGCCUUGCAUUGCAGCCCCCCACCCCAAUGCCCCUCUAAACCUUGUCCUUUGAAUCAGAGGACCCUUCAGGGCAACAAAGGGUCUGGCCAGGACUCCCACCUUGCAUGAGUGCAAAUGUCUUUUUAUUCAUACCUUUGAAUCUAAGCCACUUUAAAUAAACCUCGUUUCAUAGGAAAGGCCAAAAUCCACAAGGAACUAAGCUUGUUCAACAAAGAAAACAUUAGUUAUUAUUUAUUUUUACCUGGCUUACCUAAAAAUGUGCAAAGUGUUUGUAUGAUAAAUGUGUGCUUUGUAUAAGAAUGUCAUAAAGCUUAUCUAUCUACUCCAGAUGGUACGUUGCAAACAUUUAUGAGGAAUCCUUCCUCAUUCUGUAAUAUUUUCUUCUGGUUGGCCAGUUCAAUUGCAAUCUUGUGGACAUACCAUUGAUAGUAUUGUCAUUGCAAGCUACUUCAAUAUUGUUUGUUAUUGCUGUCUCCAAAACCUUGGAUUCAACAUGGUUUGUUUGUUUUUUAAAUAAAUGAAUUCCUUAGACUUUACCCAUAGCUCACCGAUAUUUUUAGAAAUCAUGAAAAUGGAUUCAGCAUUUGGCAUUAUUGAUUCUGUGCCAACUUAACCAGGUCAGCAAAGUCAUAUUUAGGGAAUAAAAAGAUAUGGCAUCAGAGCUCCUAAUAACUUCAUCUGAAGGCUUCAUGACUGCUUUUUAUUCUUUUUCUUUGGAUGAACCCUUUCACUAUUUUAUAUUUGUAUUGUUUUACUGAAAUUCUUCUGUAUUUCGUGUUUUUCUUGCAAAUCAUUCAGGAUGCCUCUGGAUUUGUGAUGCGAUAUAUUCAUACGAUUAAAUAACUAACGAAAAGUAUAUCAGAGAUUUAUAUUUAGUCCCUUAAUCAACUUCAUUGUGGUACAUUUCCUGUCUACACAUUCAUAACAACUCUUAACAUUUUGGUCCAGAUUUCACUAAUGCAGGAGUCAAAGGAACCGAUAGAAUUUACAGAAACAAACCAGAAUGAAGAGCUUGAUGUUCAGGAAGAGGUAUGUUUUACUUUAGUACAAAGCAUUAUGUAUCCCCCCCCCUUUUUUUUUUACAUAAAAUGAUGAUAAAACAUACAGGGCCUGUUUAGUAAACACACCAAGUGACUUUAUAUCUAGAUACCUGUGUACCAAGGGGAUGCUAGCUGGUUGCAACGUUGCUUUGGUCAUACAUGAUGACCUUGAGGUUUAAUUUUGUCAACUGGGCAGGGGAAAUGGCUCUGGCUUUAUAGUUUGUCUAAAAUAGCUCAUUCAUCUCGGAGGCCAUGAUCUUCCAGGAGCUUCUACAUAUCUUGUAUUCACUUCUAUAGAGCUGCUUACAUGGAUGUUUCUGGAGAUUGUUCUUACAUUCAUAGAGUAAUUAAAGGCUAACGUACACCACAAACUUAAGCAGUUUUAAUAGGAAUAUCUAACAGAGACCUUUUACGGGAUUCUUUGGGGGAAAUCAUAUAUUUGUAUGUUUGUAAUAUAGUACAAGUAUACAAUAUAGUAUAAGUAUGUAAUAUUGUAAGAGUUUUGAAAAUCAGAAGUUCAUUUCGGAAAUAAUGUUUCUCUCAUUCUUUUUUAAAAAAAUUCUCACCAGGCUAUGCGCAGGCUUGCUUCAUGA